AUCCCGUCCCAUAUCAAGCAGUCCAUCCGUUUGUGGCUUGCCAUGCGCUUUGCUCCUUGCCCACGAGCAGAGUGCUGGGCCUCUUUCUCUUCCUUCCCAUUCUUUCGUUAUGCCUCCUUUUCUGAGGGCUCGCGCCUUGAGGCGCGAGGACGCCCCUUCUUCCUCAGCGCAGGCUAGCCCUGCAGCUUCUUCUGUUACGACUUCGUCUUCGUCUUCAAGUGCUGCUUCCUCAGCUUCCCUUUCUUCUUUGACAAGCGUCAUGAUCAGUAGCUCUGCCGCUCCGUCGUCGUCCGCACCGGAGUCUUCGUCUAGCAACUCAGCAGCGCCCUUGACGAAUGCUACGUCGAGCAGUAGCCAUGCGUCUGCGUCGACGUCUUCUCCGGCCCCGACAUCAGCUCCGGCAUCGUCGUCUACAGGCCCCGCACCCAACUCGAUUACGCCUACGACGGUUGCGGUUCCCACAGCAAUUGGCUCUGAGGAUCCGACUACUUCGGCUAUUUCGGUCCUGAUACCUACUGCCAUUGCCUCUGAAGAUCCUGUUACGGCUGCGGCUUCAUCGACCUCUCAGGCUGCAGCGACCUCGGAAGAGUCCUCUGGUGUGGUAUCCGCCACUUUGCCAGCUUCCUCACAGUCGUCCGCGGCCGCGCCUACCACAUCGACGACCUCGAGUACUAUCGUGCUGGUUCCCACUGCGAUCGCGACGCAGGACCCCAGCAGUACGUCGGCGCAGGCGACGUCUUCGCCAGCAUCAUCAUCUGAUGCCGCCCAGACGUCUACAUCUGCGAACGCUACGUCCUCCGCCACUUCUUCAUCCACUGGCUCUGUAGAAGCUACGAGUAGUGGCGGUGGCUUGACUCCUACUGCAAUCGGUUCCCAAGACUCUACUACAUCUGCUUUCGCUUCUGCACCUACAUCUACGACUAAGAGCAGCAGCAAUAAGGAUACGGGGUCAGCAAGUCAGAGUGAGAGCAGCACACAGCCUGCGGGUUCAGCGUCGCCCGGCGCCGGCUCUGGCAACACGACUAGCACGUCAGUCGCACCUGCCUCGUCACCUACUACUACAGCCAAUACCACUCAGAGCGGCGGGGCCGCUACCCCUUCAGCCACGUCGGGUGGCAGCAGUAAGGCUAGCGGCACCGCCGGCGGCAAUAACAACGGAACUGGGAAUGAUAGUUCCGACUCUGGCAGUGGCACUAACUCGGGUACCAACAGCACCGGGCCUGCCAACAACUCGAGCGACGGCACUGGCAACAACGGGGCAGGUGGCAACGGCGGUGCGAGCGGGAAUGGGAGGGUGACAGGGAGCGGGACCAUCGACACGACUAGCUCCAACGGUAGCAGCAGCACGAAUUCUGUCGAGCAGCCGGGAAGCUCUGUCUCUGCUAUCGACGGAGGGGGCGCUGGUGCGGGUCAGACUGCUACAAGUGCUAGCGCUGCGCAGGAUCGGGCGCCUUCAUCACCUGCCAUACCCACUACAGUCACGUCCACCUUCACGAGCGUUCAGGUUACAAUCACUCCGGUGUCGACCGUCUCGGCCGAUGGGAAGACAUCCGUAGUCUUCUCUACCAGUACUAGCACCGGAACGUUUACUACGACCACGAAGAUCACCCCAACGACGAGCGUCUCUUCCGUCUCUGCUACCAAAAGCAAUAGCGCAAUGAUGGGAGGUAUCAUUGGUGGGGUGCUAAGCGGCCUCGCACUCAUUGGUCUUAUCGUCUUCCUCUUCUUCCGCCGGCGCGCCUCCAGACGCGCCAACUGGAUGGGCGGCGGCGUUUCCUCCGAGACCUUCCCCUACCCGCCCCCCAUCGUCCCCGACUCCCCGGAACCCUCUGUACGCACUCCUUCCGGCCCGCCCAUGCUCCCGAUGCCUGUUAGCAUGAGCUACGCCAGUGCCGGAGAUGCGAGCCGCAGCGAGCUCUUCCCGAGCAUCAUCUCGACGUCCUCCGCGCGCACAAGCGGCAUGCCUAUCAGUCCCAUGCCCAGUGGGUCGCCUGUUUCGCCGCAGCCGCAGCCACGCAUGCGCGAGACGAUGGUCAGCACGACCGGCACAAGUAUCGUCGUCCCCGGGCCUGGCGGCGCGCACUCAAGCUUGAGCGCCGAUGCCAUCCUUGAUCCCUUCGUGGACCCCGUCCCUGCUUCCGCGGUUGCUACCGCUGCACAGCCGGCUGCGAAGGCGCUACCUAGGGACCCUUUCGCAGACCCGAAGCCUGAUGAGAAGUUGGAGGCGGCGCCGGAAGGUGAGAGGUUGUCGAUGCUCAGUGUUGAUGUGGAGCCUGGUGAGGCUAUGUAAAAUAGCCUCCUGUAGUUGUUUUUAGCGGCGCGAUGCCGUUGAGCUGUCGAAUAGCUGCGGACCUAUAGGCAUUGGACACGAGACACCUGGUUCAAUCUUGGGAUUCUGGUUGUAUUUGCGAAUCUGAUAUGCCGUGCGUUUCACGUUGUUGCGUUCUC